GAAGUACAUGUCGUGAACCGGAUUGGAAUACGGUCAGAGAGGUCAGAGAAAACGCACGUGUGGGAAAAUAGGAGUGCGGAACCGAGGUACAGUACCAACUAACUCUACAAUAAUAUUGUUUUAUAUUUCUCCUAUGUUGUGUUUUUAAAUGACCAUAUGAAUGUAGUAGCGCAUAGCUUCGGUUAUCAAAGCUGGACGUUUAUUAAACACGGACUAGUAGCCGGCAAAAAAUAUGCUAGCUAACAGUUUGGGCACAGAUACGACUCUUUGGUUAGCCAACGUUCGCUAGCUAGCUAACGUUAGUACUAGAAACAUGCAACACGUGUCAAAGGUAACGUUAUAAUGAUUGCCUCUCCCAACAGAUCUUGAGAACCUGACACAAUGACAUCUUUAGCCCACCAGUUGAAACGCCUGGCCUUGCCGCAAAAUGACCCCAAUCUGCUCACUCGUCGGGAGGUUGCAUCCCUACUGUUUGACCCUAAAGAUGCCUCCAGUAUGGAUAGAAGCACCUUCUUUGCACUUGGUAAGUUUGGCAUGAGUCUGACAGGUCCUUCUUGACUUCACUGUUGCUGCUUGUUGUCAUCUGAAUGACUACUGUUUAAACUUCUCAGCUGCUCUUCCUGACUAUUUAUUUUAUCUUGCAUUUUAGGAUGCACAGGGCUCGAGGAACUCCUGGGCAUCGAGCCUGCAUUCAGUGAGUUCCAGGAGACACUCUUCAGCCAAGCCUCGGUGGGCCUGGAGCGCAGUGUCCAGUCCAAGGAGGUCAACAAGAAACUGGACGCAGGCAUCUCCCUGUUUCUCACACGCUUGUCCCCAUACUUUCUGCUCAAGCCUGCCCAGAAGUGCAUUGAGUGGCUUGUACACAGGUGCCCCCCCCAUUUUUCUAUCUACGCGAUGUCCUAUCAAUCAAGUAUUGUUAUGUUUACAUUAGAAGGAAAACGUGUAUAAGCUGCUGUUUUAAUUGCGUCACUGUAUGUAGCCUAUUCAUAUUGGAUUUUUCUUAUUGACAUUAUGUUAAUACUGGUGGUUAUUCUCUUUCAUCAUUGCAGGUUCCACAUCCACCUGUAUAAUGUGGACACAUUGCUUGCCUGUGCCUUGCCCUAUCACGAGACUAAAGUGUUUGUCAGAGUCAUUCAGCUCUUUAAUUUAAAGGACCCCACUAACCGAUGGAAUUGGCUCGAGGGGCUUCAGGUAAUUGUUAUAGAAGCUAACUAUGAUUUAUGAACAUAACAACUAUUUGAAGUUGAUAGAUUUAGUUGUUAUUUUUCAUUAUAAUCAGCAUGUCAACAAUGAUCAAUAUGUUCAUUUCCUUACAGAAACCAGGAGUUCCUUUGGCCAGAGGAACCCUAAUCACUCACUGUUACAAAGACUUGGGCUUCAUGGAUUUCAUCUGCACCCUGGUCACUAAGUCAAUCAAGGUAAACCCAAUACACCGCCUUAUACCUCAAUGUAGCUUAUACGUAUGCUCAGGUGUCAAGCACAGUGCCUCAUCUUGACCUGUUUUGUUGGUCUUCUUUUUUUGCAGGGAUAUUCAGGACAUUCUGGCAACUGUGCCCAGCUUCGUGUGAUUUUCUCUUUCUAUGCCUCCACUAUCGUACCGGCUUUGGAUGCUGUGGAGAAAGUCUCUGACACAAUCAUAUCCAAGCUGCUGCCUUAUGUUCAGAAGGUUAGAUACUGCAUUUUAGCCUCAUAAGAAACCAUUAUAUUUUGAGGCGUUGACACUGAGAUUCAAAAACUUGUUAUUGAAGUUAAGGAAUAAACCAUAAGAAGACUGUUCAACUAAUGCUGACCAUUUCCUUUGUGUCUCCAGGGUAUGAAGUCCUCCUUGACAGACUACAAGGCUGCCACCUACAUGAUAGUGUGCCAGCUGGCUGUGAAGGUAGUGAUGGAGGCCCAGCUGGUGGACACCCUGGCCCUGCAGAUCAGCAAGUCACUGUGCAAGGAGCCUGUGCUUCCCAAAGAGGGCCUGGGCUGCCUCAUCGUCCUCCUGCAGAACCAGAAGGAGGGCACUGUCGGCCCAAAGUGAGUGAAGAAGAGGAAUAGGAAGAAUUUUACUUUGUGAAACUAUUUCAUCACUUCGAGUGUCAUUUUAGGGCAUCUUAGGGUUUUUUGUGUUUCUUAAUUGGCAUUCUGUGUGUUUUUUUUUUUUUUUCUCCUUUAGAUCCUUUGGCCAGCUGUGUGCUGUGACUUCCUUGGUCCCCACCCUCCAGGCCAUGGCAGCAGUUCAUGACAUCAGUCCCUUAUUACGCUACCUGCUGCCUCACCUGGUUCAUGCUGUCGUCACCGCCGGCACUGGUGAGUAGCAGUGUAUACCUGCAUCUGACUCUUUGUAUUUUAACCUGGAUGCAUAUGUAUAUUGCCAUUAAAUCCCUUUAAUAUGAAAUAUAAAAGUGUUGUCUUUUGUUUGUCAUAGAUGAGAUGGAGACUGAGGAGCCCUCAGAGAGCACCCGCCAUGGAAAGCUGUUAGAGUCUGUCCUUCAAGGCCUUCCACUGUCUGGUGGUUUUGAUAACACAAUAGCAAAGAUGCUACUUGAGGAAUACCUGUCCCAGAGUCGGCUCUCUGCUGAGGGUGUCACUGCCCUCAACCAGCGCUUGCUGCCAAUUGUCCGACUGUUCGAGUCAAAGUAAGUUGGACCGUUUCCCUUAAACACUGGCAUUCAUUGGGUACUACUUACAUCACUGUUGCAAUUGCUUCCCUUUUCAAUUGGUAGUAGCCAAGCUGUAGUUAUUCUCUCAGCUGCCAAACCACAGCACCAACACUUGUGUCCUCUUUCCUUCCCACUCCAUUGUGUAUAUCCAUUACACUGACAUGUCUGUUGUUGCAGAUACCCUGGUGCUCUGGACAUAGUCCUGGAGGGCCAUGUGAGUGACCUCUCCAGCGCAGAGGACAAGAACCUCUUCCACCAAUUCAUCUCCCUGUCUAUGAGCAGUGGCAAGUACCAGGUACGCAGCAGCACCCUAGCUGAGAUUGCUCUGGGUAAAGGAUGCACUUAGGCAGAGAUCUAGGAUCAGCUCAACCUCCUCAAAGCCAUUCCGUGCCAUUUUGUUUUCUUACACUCCGCUGUCUGUGUUUUUGGCUACAGAUCCUCGGGGACUCUGACACCUCCCUCAUGCUGAGCCUGAAGCACCCGCUCCCCUCUGUGAGGCACAUGGCUGUGGAACACCUGAUGGGCAUUGUCACCUCGGGACAGGAGGGUUUUGACCAGGCCUUCCUGAAGGAGGCUCUGUUGGAGCGUAUGAAGGAUGACGUCCCAGAGGUGGUGGCUGCAGCCUUGAAGGCGCUGGAGGUGAGUGGCUGCAAUAUUAGACUUUCAAGUACAUUCAUAUUGGAAUCUACUAGUGAUUAAACCUAACUUAUCAUAUUUCCCUCCACAGCUCUACAUUGAUCGCCUGGAUCCAGAGGACACUGUGUCAUGUCUCCUCUCACUGCUACAACGUAUAGACCUCUCAAAGGCUGGAAACUGGUUAAUACUGUUUUCAGCUCAUUGAAAUGCACAUAAAUUCCCCCAAAUAACUCCAUAUCCAUAGUGUGAUAUUGAAUGGCUUCGAUGUGCUUCCCCAUAGGUGUCCAGUGUUGAAGGAGGCAGUGCGGGUUCUGGAUGAACCCAGACUGGUUGAGGGGAACUCUGACCUUAAGGCUUGUGUCGUCUGGGGUCUGUUGCCCUUCCUUAUGGUCACCUCGGCCCUGCCUGACUCCCCAGACCUCCAGCUGGCCACCUGUGUGGCCCAGUCCACCCUCAUAUCCCAGCACAACCUCACUCAGGGCUGGGCCCAUGGUAAACACAUUAGAACAUGGAGUUUCACAAUAAAUGUCAUUUUUUUUGUCUUUGGGAACACUUGCAAAUGCAUUAGUGAGAAUGCUUUGGCGGGUACUUUGGUAAAUAGAAGGAUUAUGUAUACUCUAGCUUGAUGCCACUCAUUUAAAUCAAAAUUCAGAUUGUUUACUUCCAGAGAAUAAGAAGGUAUGUUUACUAUACAGUGCCGGCCAAAUAUAUUUGCACCUUUCUUAAAUAAUUCCCUAUUUCUUCUAAAAUACGUUGAAAUUGAAAAAAAAGUUUGGUCUCCAUACCUCGUGAUUGGAUUUUCAACAUUGUAGAACCAAUUUCAUUUUUGUAAACUUACGUUUACUAUUUUAAUUUAGAAAAUAAAGACAAGGCAUGGACAAAAUUAUUGCCAUCCUGGAGCUAGUACUUGGUUGCACAGCCAUUGGCCAAGGUAACUACCAACAAAUGCUUCUUGAAGCCAUCAAUUGAGUUUGCUGCACCUUUCUACUGGCAAUUUGGCCCGCUCUACAGCAGCAAACUGCUCUUAUUCUUCAAUGUUUGAGGGGUUCCUUCCACCAACUGCUGUUUUCUGCACUUGCCACAGGUUAUGGAUGUGAUUCAGAUCUGGACUCUUUGUUGGCCGUUCCAGAACAGUCCAGAGUUUCUUCUUGAACCACUCCAGGCUGCUUUUGAUGUGUGUUUAGGGUUGUUCUCCUGCUGGAAGACCCACAACCUUCAACAGAGACACAGUUUUUGAACACAAGGCUUAACAUUGCACUACAAAACACCUUAUUAAUCUUUUGAUUUGAUGAUAUCUUGCACACAUUCAAGGCCCCCAGUACCAGAGGCAGCAAAGCAACCCCGCAGCAUUAUCGAACCUCCCCCAUGUUUGAUUGUAGGGAGGGUGUUCUUUUCUUUGAAUGCUUAAUUUGGUUGUCGGUAAACAUAGGAAGACCCCACUGCUGAAGGAGACACAAGAAAGCCUGAUUUGAACUUCUUAAAAACCCACGUAAACAAGCCUAAAUCCUGGGGGAAAUGUUCUGUGAACCAAUGAAACCAAGUUAGAGCUCUUUGGCAAUACAUAUCAGCCGGUCUCCAUUAAAGCUUGUGGGUCUUCCAGCAGGACGAUAACCCCAAACACGCAUCAACAAGUACCCAGGAAUGUUUAGAGAAGAAAUGCUGGACUGUUCUGGAGUGGCCAGCGAAGAGUCCAGAUCUGAAUCACAUCGAAAACCUAUGGAGAGAGCAAAAAACCUAUUUUAAGAAAGGUGGAAGGGUGCCAAUAUAUUUGGCCGGCACUGUAACUACUUCCUAUCUCUCCUCUGCUCUCAGCGCUCAAGGACGUGAUGGAGAGGAUUUCUCAGCCAGACUUCAUUGGGUUGGCCAACCAGCAUCUCAUCUCAACACUGACCAAGAACCUGUCUAACAUGGACCCCUUCUCCAAACGCAAUGCUGUGAGUGGAUUAGUAAACAUUUGGUGGCCUUUCUUCAUCAAGUGCAAUUUUAAUUAUUAGUGCAAUUAAAACAAAACGGUCUUGCUUUCCAUACACUGAUCUAGUGAUUUUAGAGCUCUUGGCUAACUAGGGUAGGCACUAGGAAUUUAGAUAAACUUGUUGGGUUCAAUGUGAAAGGAUCCUAAGUAACAACUUGUGGUCCUCUGUAGCUCAGCUGGUAGAGCACGGCGCUUGUAACGCCAAGGUAGUGGGUUCGAUCCCCGGGACCACCCAUACACAAAAAAAAUUAUGCACGCAUGACGAAGUCGCUUUGGAUAAAAGCGUCUGCUAAAUGGCAUAUUAUUAUUAUUAUUAUUAUUAUUAUUAUUAACUCACCCUUCACCUUAUUUGCAUGUCUGCUAGCUGGAGAAGCUGGCAGGAGUGGUAGCAGCCCAGCGCGGUAGCCUGAGGGAGAUGGCAGUGUUCGUGGUGCUGAGCCAGACCUUACUGCAGGGCCUGGGGGACAUGAGCGAGACCCAGCACCUCCACACAGCCCAGAGUGUCUACUCCCUGCUGGAGCCUGCAAUACUGGAGCUCACCCAAAAAGACAUGCCUAAGGUGAGCGGGAGUGGCAGUUUGUAGAACUACAUCAAUUAUAGAUUUCCUCCUGUGAUAUUUACAUUUUGUCUUUGUAUAUUUUUUUUAAUCCUCAGAUUCCUUUACCCAUUCUAUACUUUUCUGUACUUUUGAAAUCCGUAUGAAAUGGUUUACCUUUUCUUCUGUUGUGUUGCCAGCAGCAGGAGGAUGUGUCUCUCUCCUUCUCUGUGGGGCUGGGAGAGUACCUGCAGAGGCUCAGGGCAGGGCAGAGCAUGGAAACAGAGUAUGGGGUGCUGCUGGUGUCACUGCUCAGAGGACUCAUAUCCACCCUCAAGUGCCAUGACACUUCCUUCAAAGGUAAAUCAAUUAAAUCAAAUCCAAUUUAAUUUGUCACAUGCGCCGAAUACAACAGGCAUAGACCUUACAGUGAAAUGCUUACUUACAAGGCCUUAACCAACAAUGCAGUUUUAAGUAAAUAGAGUUAAGAAAAUAUUUACUAAAUAAACUAAAGUUAAAAAAAAGUAACACAAUAAAAUAACUAUAACGAGGCUAUAUACAAGGGGUCCCGGGACCAAGUCAAUAUGCGGGGAUACAGGUUAGUCUUGGUAAUUGAGGUAAUAUGUACAUGUAGGUAGGGGUAAAGUGACUAUGCAUAGAUAAUAAACAGAGUAGCAGCAGUGUAAAACCCCAACAUUUUUCCUUUUUGAAAGCAAUUGGCUACAUAUAGUUUUUCAUUGUUAAAGUUAAGACUAUCACCAAUAAUUUUAACCACUUGAUCACACACUGAGUUAAAAGGAAAGAGGCUGACAGACGGCUUGCUCCCUGUCUGGGUUUCCUGUCAGGUGAGACAUGGUGGAACCCGGAGAAGCUGGACACCAACACGUGCUGCUACCUCCGGUUGCUGUGUCGCCUGUUUGAUGUCAUCAUCACAGGGGCAGGCCAGGUGCCCAUGGCAGCCAGCUUCAGGGCCCUGAUGAAGCUGCUCUUCCAGGUACUGAAUCUUGAUAUGUUACACAAUGGAUUUCAGUGCACAGACCGAUGCUUCAACUCAUUGGAGCAUAGCAUCACUCGAGGUGAAAGUCCAGCAUUCCUCUAGGGAGGCUACAAUAUAACCUUUAUUUAAUCAUAAAAAAUAAGGUACAGUGUUUUUGUGGCAGUAGGUAAAACAAAGAAAUAUCCCGUUUUACGAUCAACUGCCUCACUUUGUCCCCAUUAUUCCAUUCCUCAACCCCCUCCAUUUGUCCCAGGUCCACCUGAGUGAUCCCCUGGAGCUCUUCAAGUUCCUGAGUCUGGUGUGGGGCUACGGCAGUAACCUAGGAGACCAGCUGGACUGUAAGGUCAAUGCCAUUCUGCAAACCCAGGCCCUCUAUGUGGGCAGAGCCCUCCUCAGCGCCCAGCCAAGGAAGACUCUUGCACUGCUGGCAUCAGGCUCAUCACCAGGUAGCCUGGAGAAUUGUAUUUGAUUGUAUUUCAUGUAUAGAGUUUGGCAUAGUCUGAAAAUUACCAUCAAGUGUCUGGGGUGAGAACUGUAUUAGUAACAAAGUUUCUAAAUCUGUUUUCCCUCCAUAGUGGUGCUGUCCCUGCUGGCCUGUCUGAGCUCCCCUGUCCGGGAGGUGAGGAGGGCAGCCACAGCCACCCUACAGACCCUAGCCCAGGUGGACAGCUCUCCCUUCCACCCUAUCAUAGACAGGCUGCUGAAGACCACCGAGGAGCUCACCACUGACCCAACUCACCUCAGCCAGGUGAGAAAGGCACACACACAUACAUCAUUUGUAUCCUCAAUGAAACAUUGUGGGUACAAAGUAUCAAAUAGAAAUAAUAUACACGCACAAACAUUUAUUUCAUGUUAUAUUCACAUUAAAUGUUGUUAUACACACUCUUUCCAAAUAUGUUCUUCUGUAGGCCCUGGGGAAGCUCUAUGAGGAGGCUGUAACAGGGACAGGGAAAGGCAAGGCCAGGGACAAGAGGCUGCUAGUGGGGUUGGAGGAGCUGCUGCUGGGUGUCCAGGUGGCCAACUGCCCUGCCUACACUGCCAAGACCAUACUGAGGGCUCUGGGAGAGGUCAAUGGAGAGGUGAGUGGACAGGGAAUGACAACAGAAAUAUAAGGCCUUGCUGGAAUGUGAAACCUAUUUCCUGAUGAUGUGACUGGAUCAGGAAAAACUCUGAGGCCUCUUUUUAUAUGACAACUCUUAUCUGGGCGUUGGAGUUUUUGUAAAGCCGUAUAUUUUAUAUCCCUGUCUCCUUUCCCGCUUUUUUUUCUCCUCUUAGUCGGUGUUAUCUGUCCUAAUGCCUGUCCUGGAGCGCCUGCUGGAGCAGAGCGGGCCGGAGAACCCCACUGUCCUAAAGGACGAGGCCCUGCUCAUGCAGUUGGUCCUGGGGAAGUACAACGAGCAGGCAGCCCCCCUCCUGGUGAAGGACCAGGCUUGCCUGGAACUCUUCAUCAAGGCCCUCGGCACGGUGUCUAAGCCCUACCCUGAUAUCCCCUGCUUUCAGAUCAUCGCCCUGGAACAGGUACGCUACUGUGGCAGCGCGGCUCUCCCUGACUGAGAUCCAUAAGAUGAUAAAAAGGCUGUAUGCUACUCAUUUCUGUGCCAUCAAAACACCAACCUAUUGCCUGGGUCAUGUUCAUUUUGAAACUUCUACAAUGACAACCCUCAUUUUCCAUUUACCUUUUCAAAAUGUUUUCUCCCAUUUGCUCCUACUGAACAUGACCCUGUUGUUCGUUCUCAGAUCACCAAGGCGUUCUACUCAGCCCUGGGAGAUGAGAAGGUCCAGCAGAGGCUCCUGGGGGUGAUGUUUGACCUGCUGGUGGAGAGCAGGAGUCCUGUCUGUGCCCAGACCAUCAGCAGUGUCUUCAAAGGGGUGAGGAGGAACCUCCUGUAUAUUGUAUCUACAGGGAAGCCAUUAUUCACUACCACCACACAAGAUGCUAAUGCUAUCCUCUCACUGUAGAUUGCUGUGGACGGCGAGCUAGUGGCUAACGAGCUAGCCCCAGCAGAGAAGCCCAAAGUCACUGUGUCAGUACAGCAGACCCGCAGGAGCAAGAUGCUGCAGAGGUGAGGAACAUCUAAUCUAACGGGCCUACAUUUGAUUACAAUAAGACAUAGACUAGAUACAAUCACUUCAUUGGUUACAAUGCAAUUUGACUUGGAGCCUCUAUGAUGGACUUGACUUGAGCCACUGUGUUUCUGUGCUUUAUAUAGGAAGGCCCAGGACACUGCUCAGGCAGUGCCAGAAGAGGGCACUGUGGUCUGGCAGAGGGUGACUCUCAUCCUGGAGCUGCUGCAGCACAAGAAGAAGCUGAAGAGGCCUCAGGUGCUGGUGCCCGCUCUCUUCAGCCUGCUCUCCAGGUAAAACCAGCUGCACUCUCUCAGAGCCUCGGCCUGAGCUAGGCCAACUAUGUGUCUAAUUAUCUACACCAGCACACUAUGUAGUAUGCUCUGCAAAAACACUACUUCAUACUAUGUAGUAUGCUACAAUGGUUGAGAUAUGUAGACCAAGUGUUGUUCCCCUCUGGCCGCUCAGGUGUCUAGAGACGUCCACCGUGGAGCGAGGCAACCUAGAGUACACCAAGCAGCUCAUCCUCAGCUGCCUGCUCAAUGUCUGCCAGAAGCUUUCCUCUGACGGAGGUCCCAUCAGCAAAGGUGAGAAGACCGAGGGACUUUUUUUAGCCCAGGAGCACCCUCCAGGCUUUCCUAAAAUGUUGUGAUUGUGAUUUGUGUAUGUGUGACUAUGUUUGUCCUCCACACACAGAUGUGCUGGAUGAGGACAAGUUCAACGUGGAGCUUGUGGUGCAGUGUGUGAGGAUGUCCGACAUGCCCCAGACCCACCAUCAUGCCCUGCUCCUUCUGGGAAGUGUGGCUGGCAUUUUCCCUGUAAGUACUGUACACAUUCAUCUCUCAGCCAUCACAGAACCAUCUCUCAACCAUCACAGAACCAUCUCUCAGCCAUCACAGAACAAUCUCUCAACCAUCACAGAGCCAUCUGUAAACCAUCAGAAACAGUUUCCAAUCUAAAGUGUGUUCCCAAUGACCUUUGACCCCGACCCAUUAUUCUUUCCCAGGAGAAGGUCCUGCACAACAUCAUGCCCAUCUUCACCUUCAUGGGCGCCAACAUCAUGCGUCUGGACGACACCUACAGCUUUCAGGUCAUCAAUAAGACCGUCCAGACGGUCAUCCCUGCCCUCAUUAAGGUGAGUCAACCAACAAGCGGUCAGUGAUGUAGAAUAGCUUUGACCUGUCCAUUGUCUCACUUCCACUCAUCUAAUACGCUAUGAAUGUGAAUAAUACGUAAUAUGUUGUUUUGGUUGACAUUACAUGAACACUGGAGAUGUGGGUGGUAAAUGCCAAUCAAAAACAAAUGUCUUGUGCAUUCUCGUAAACCCCCUAGUUGCUAAUGUUAGCUUCUUGGACAAGAAAGGAUGCUAGAUCAAACUAGAGAUCCAAAGCUGAGGGUCGCAUGUCAGUGGCUCUUGGUUAUUUCAGCUCUAGGACAUUCAUCACAGGGGCUAUGACAUCAAUUGUUGUCAGUUGUCUCUUAAAGGAUAUUUUUUAAGUGUUGUGUGAGCAACCUGCACACUGGUUUGGCGUGGUUGCUGAGUUUCUCGCUACUUCCCACUUUUCCGAAAAAGAAAUGUCUGUUUUGCUUGUUUCUAGGCCAAUGAGAGUGGCGACGACGAGUCAACCGCUCACAUGGAGGCGGUGGUGGCACACAUUGUGCACGUGUUCGCCGACGCACUGCCCCACGUGCCCGAGCACCGCCGCCUGCCCAUCCUGACCCAGCUGAUGACCACCCUGGGGCCCGCCCGCUUCCUCUGGGUCCUACUGCUGCUCCUGUUCAAGCAGCACGCUACCCAGACCAACGCCACAGAGAAGGUAGGCCAUGAGAAAAGACUGAAAUAACUGACUGAAAUAUCAACACAAUGGAAUAUACUACUUAAAAAGUGUGCGUAAGUGUUUUUAGAAGGUAUGUCAAUGAAGUGUCUUUGGAAUUUGCUAUAGGUUUUAUACAGAAUCUUCAGGAAAUGCUUUAAGGCGCCAUGUUUGUCUGUCCUCAGGAUGCUGCGUUGGAGAGGGACGUGGAGUUCUGGAUAUCAGUGUGCUGUGAGUUUGAGGUGGAGGACCAACUCAUCUCUCUCAUAAAGAUCCUGAAGUAUCUCAUGGCGCUGCCACAGGACAAAGAGGACGGUGAGAAACUCAACAAACCUGCAAUGCAUUUUGUCUGUUGUGAAGGCCAUACAAAAAAGGAUGGGAGUGCUGUGUGGGUCUAUAUAACGAAGCUGACAUCAAGACGGGUGCUCUUUAGGGACCAGGUUUACACCAUACUCCAUUUUUGUUUUGUGCAGGACCUGUGAAGAGGCCAACACGUGGCAGGGGAGCCAAGAAGGAGGAGGAGAAGGCAGAGGAGCUGAUUUUCAACAUGGAGGCCCACAGCAGCAAAGAGCUGCGCCACUUCAAGUUCCUCUCUGUCUCCUUCAUGGCCCAACUCUUGGCCUCCGGCAGCUUUGUGGGAAUGGUAAUCUAACUGUAGCCUGGGUUUGUGCUGUCUUGCCAGUACUAUUGGCAAGACAAUUGACACUAUUGGCAAUACUGCAUAAACAGAUCCGGUAAAAGCCUUGUCAACUAUUGGCAAGACAGCAAAACCAGAUCUGGGAAAAGGCUAUGUAACUCAAGUUUAAUGUCCGUCAUGUAUCAGUGUAGUUUGUUAAACAUUGAAUGUGUCUUCCAGAUUGCGGCGUGCGGUGACAUCGUGGAGGAUUCUCUGCAGAAACUACAGCAAAGGUGAGGCUUAUUUAGACUAACCAACCAUGUGGUGCAAAGAAUUGAUGAUUUUGAAUUGGUGAUUUCAAUUUCUUUGACUGUAAGAUAAAAAGCACAUCUUUAUAAUUGUAUGAUGUUGUUCUGAUGUCCUGUUUAGUCUUCUGGAGGAGAUCCUUUGCUACAUCCACACUGUGGCUCGCUGUGUGGAGGAGAACACUGACAAACCAACUGGCAAGUUCUGGAGAGCCCUGCUCAAUAAGGCCUACGAUGUCCUGGACAAAGUAAGUCUGCCACAGAGAUGGAAAGACGUGUACUCUACUCAGUCAUAGAAAAUAAAGGCAACCAAGGUUGUUAGAAUAUUAAGAAAAAAACACAGGAUGUCAGCCAGGUUUGCAUUGUGAGAUCCUACAUUCAUUUUUUCUGUGUUUUGAUCACUAGGUGAACGCCCUGUUGCCCACGGAUACGUUCAUCACGGUGAUGCGAGGCCUGAUGGGUAACCAGCUGCCGUCUGUGAGGCGGAAGGCUAUGGAGCUGCUCAACAACAAGCUGCAGCAGAAAACCCAGUGGCAGGAGGAGCAGGUUAGUACACAGACGGGGGACAUUAUGUGUGUGUAUGUUUUGCAUAGUUAGGGGUAGUCCUGACCUUUGACCUCUCACCCCAGGUGACCGUUCUUCUGGACCUGACCGGUGACCUGCUGGCCAUUGUGGGGCAUGGUCACGGCAAGGUCAAGGUCAUGGAGGAGGAAGAGGAGGAGCAGGCCAUCAACAGGCAGACAGCCCUCUACAGCCUCAAGCUGCUGUGCCGCAGUUUUGGCUCGGAUCAUAAGGAGGCGUUUGUACCGGUGCUAAACCGGGCGGUGGAGAUAGUGGUGUCACCAGAGGAGGAGAAGAACGUGAUGGGCAGUGCCCUGCUGUGUAUGGCUGAGGUGGCCAGCACUCUGAAGGCCCUCGCCAUCCCACAACUGCCCAGGUACACACACACAACGUUUCUGUGUCUACAGUAGAUACAGGCAGUAUAGUUCACAGACCUGUGCAUUUGUUAGAUAAAUUACCCAUAUUUAAUAUUUUCCUAUACACUUUCAUAGUACACAAAUAUUUACACAUAAUAUACCCUAUGUAAACUAUCAUUAAUGUGGUGUCAGAAGUCUGACUCUAGUCUCUUCCUCCUCAUGUUGUCAGGAUGAUGCCGGCGGUGCUGCAGACUCUAAAAGAGAGAAAGGAGGUGUUGUCUAAUGAGAUCUACAUGCUGAGUGCCGUCACGGCUCUGCAACGCGUCACUGAGACCCUGCCUCACUUCAUCAGCCCCUACCUGCAGGACACACUGCUUCAGGUAACUUAUACUGUCCCACACACAAACAUCCAUCUGGUUUCUAACAUAAUAAACAUAUAGUAAACAUAAUAAAUCGAAUGGAACCUGUGAUACUGAAAUGAUGUAACGGUGUAAUGUGUCCCCCAGGUGGCUCGACUGACGCGGGUGGCAGAGAAGGCCACCACCACCCCACAGCUGGCUGUGCGACUGGCCUCCCUUAGGACCACUGUGGCCACCAAGGUGCCCCCCAGGGUCCUGCUGCCCACCCUCACCAAGUGCUACAGCAAGCUGGUGGACUCUAAACAGGUAGGUGGUGAAUUACCUAGAGUAGCCUGUGAUAUGUAAGGAUGGAGUAAAUACAUGUUCACAUUGUGUGGUUAUGUAUUGAAUCGGUACAAUUGAGUGUUUCACCUCCUUUCAUUUUCACAGAGCCAGCUUGGUCCCCUGAUGGGCAUCUUGAAGGAGCACAUUGGACACAUGGAGAAGGAUCAGCUGACCUCCCACCAAUCAGAGCUUACGUCCUUCUUCCUAAUUGCGCUGGACUUCCGGGCCCAACACUGCCAAGUAUGGCUCUCUCUCUGUUGAACUCAUAACUGUUUGAAUGACACAUGUCUGCCAUAGUUAAGACUGUCGUGUUUGUUUGCAGGGUAAUCUGGAGAAGACCAAGGAGAUUGAGGGCUAUGUGAUCGACUGUCUCCUGGCCAUGGUUAUGAAGCUCUCUGAAGUCACCUUCAGGCCCCUGUUCUUCAAAGUAAGCAUCAUUACUUGAGAAUCGAUGCUGUCUUACUUCAGUUGUUUUGUGUGUUCCAUGUUUUUUUAUUAGAUAAUAACCUAAUUCCCAAAGCACACUAAUCUCACAGUGUUAGUCCAAAUGUAAUCACUUGAAGAGUCAUGAUGCUUAACUGUGUUUAUGCCCAUGCAGCUCUUUGAUUGGUGCAAGACUGAGAGCGCAGCCAAGGACCGCCUGCUGACCUUCUACCGCCUGUCGGACAGCAUCGCAGACAGGCUCAAGGGGCUCUUUGUCCUGUUUGCUGGUCACCUGGUCAAGCCCUUCUCUGACCUGCUCUGCCAGACCAACGUCACAAAGACAGGUGGGUCUCUCUCUCUCCUGUGUGGUAACAGACUGCCUAUGAAUCUAAGGUCUCUAAGAUGAAGUGUCUGGCUUUGCUGGACAACAAAGGUCGUGUUUGAUGGGGAUUUGCCCAUUUUCUGGUUCAUUGCUGGUUUUGAGUCACAAAUGUGAAUGAUUAACGCAAGGCACAUCGGGAAGUAUUUGAAAAUCUUUAGCUUAUUUUCCCUCUUUUAAUCCACUCCUUCUGUCAUUCAGAUGAAGCCUUCUUUGACACAGAGGACAACAUUGAGAAGCGUUGCCUGCUGCUGGAGUGCAUUCUGGACUGCCUCCAUAAGAUCUGCCUGUACGACACGCAGCGCUUCGUCAGCAAGGAGAGGGCCGACGCCCUCAUGGCCCCUCUGGUCGAUCAGGUCAGCCUCACCCCCCUCUUACAUCACUAUAACAAAGGAUUCAUCCACAAAAAUGGCUACCUUUACAACUGAGGGACUUCCUAAUAUGGAUGCCGUACACCUUUCCUUAUGCCCUAUUCUAUUUUUGUGAUCCCCUAUUCCCCCCUAUAGCAGUGGUGUAUAAAUGUCUGCCUGUCUGUGAAUAGUUGGAGAACACCCUGGGUGGAGAGGAGGUUUACCAGACCAGAGUCACCAAGCACCUGGUGCCGUGCGUGGGCCAGUUCUGCGUUGCCGUGGGUGACGACACUCUGUGGAAGACCCUCAACUACCAGAUCCUGCUGAAGACACGACACAGCUCGGCCAAGGUGAGAUGUCUGAGAAGUUGGAUUGGAUUCCCAGCCUAGUACCAACAGACUUCUGAUUCAACUAGUCAUUAAGACCAUGAUUAGCUAGUGUGUUAGUGCUGGGUCAGCACAAAAACCCUGCCCACCUUCAGUUCUCCAGGACCAUGAGUGAUCAUCCAGUGACUGAAAUAAAGGCCUGUUGUUUUCCCCCGUCAGGUGCGUUUCUCUGCCCUGCUGAUGCUGCUGGAGCUGGCUUCUAAGCUGAGGGAGAACUACAUGGUCCUGCUACCAGAGACUAUCCCAUUCCUGGCUGAACUCAUGGAGGGUAGGUUCACUGUCUCAUCACUUUCUUUCCCCCACUUUUCUUUUUCUGCUGCUAUACUGUUUCUGUAAUUAUACCAUAUUGAGACUUGUCUGUGUUUUUUCCCCCCUCUGUAUAACAGAGUACAUUCCACUUAAGCAUAUCUGGAAACCUCUUCAAAUUGGCAUAAAUUAUUAUAUUCUGUCAUUUGAAAACAUGAAAGCAAGCUGUUCCUGGCAUAUUAUUAUUUUCUGCCUGUAGCAUAGCUAAAAAUGAGUGUUGCUUAUAAUGUAUGGUUUGGCUGUAUACAAACAUCCAUUUUAAUCCUCAUAUGUGCCUAGGGUAGUUGAAGAAAGUAGGAAAAUAGCAGGGUUGUGUAAUGGUAGCUACAGUGCCUUCAGAAAGUAUUCAUACCCCUUGACUUAAUCCAUAUUUUGUUGUUAGUGCCUCAAAAUUGAUUCAAUUUAUUUUCUCACCCAUCUAUACACAAUACCCAAUAAUUACAAAGUGAAAACAUGUGUUUAGACAUUUUUGCAAAUGUAUUGAAAAUGAAAUACAGAAAUAUAAAAUUUACGUUAGUGUUGACACACCUUUGCUAUGACGCUAUAAAUUGAGCUCAAGGGCAUCCAAUUUCCUUUGAUCAUCCUUGAGAUGUCACUACAACUGGAUUGGAGUCCACCUGUGGCCAAUUCAAUUGUUUGGACAUGAUUUAGAAAGAAACACACCUGUCAAUAUAAGGUCCCACAGUUGACAGUGUAUGUCAGAGCAGAAACUAUACCAUGAAGUCCAAGGAACUGUCUGUAGACCUCCUAGAUAUAAUUGUGAUGAUGCAUAUAUCUGGGGAAGGGUAUAAAACCAUUUCUAUAGUGUUAAAAGUUUCAAUGAGCACAGUUGUCUCCAUCAUUGGGAAAUUUAAAAAAUAUGGAACUACCCAGACUGCAUAGAGCUGGCCGUCUGACCAAACUGAGCAACCGGGCAAGAAGGACCUUGGUCAGGGAGGUGACCAAGAACCCAAUGACCACUCUGACAGAACUACAGAGUUCCUUGGCUGAGAUGAGAACCUGCCAGAAGGACAACAGGCUCUACAGCACUUCACAAAUCUGGGCUUUAUGGGAGAAUGGCCAGACGGAAGCCACUCCUGAGAAAAAAGCACAUGACGGUAUGCCUGAAGUUUGCAAAAAGGCACGUGAAAGACUGAGCAUAAGGCAGAAGAUUCUGUGGUCUGAUGAGACAAAUGUUACCCUUUGGCCUGAAUUCAAAGCGCUAUGUCUGGAGAAAACCAGGCAUAGCUCAUCCCCCGUCUAACACCAUCCCUACUGUGAAGCAUGGUGGUGGCAGCAUCAUGCUAUGGUGAUGCUUUUCAUCGGCAGGGACUGGGAGACUGGUAAGGAUAGAGGGAACAAUGAAUGGAGCCAAAUACAGGCAAAUCUUUGAGAACCUGCUUCAGAGUGCAAACGACCAUAGACUGGGGGCGAAGAUUCACGUUCCAACAAGACAAUGACCCCAAGCAUACAGCCAAAGCAACGCUGGAAUGGCUUCAGAAGAACAAUGUGAAAAUCCUUGAGUGGCCCAGCCAAUCUGUGGAAAGACUUGAGGAUUGCUGUUCACCGCCACUCCCCAUCUAACUUAACAGAGCUUGUGAAAAUUUGCAAGGAAGAAGGGGAGAAAAUCCCCAAAUCCAGAUGUGCAAAGCUGAUACAGACAUAGCCAAGACGACUCAAAGCUGUAAUCUACACCAAAGGUGCUUCUACAAAGUAUCGACUCGGGUGUGUGAAUGCUUGGGCGGCAGGUAGCCUAGCGGUUAAGAGCGUUGGGCCAUUAACCGACAGGUCGCUGGUUCGAAUCGCCGAGCUGGCAAGGUGAAAAAAAAUCUGUCGUUCUGCCUUUUGAGCAAGGCAGUUAAACCAAAAACAACUGCUCUCUGGGUGCUGAUGAUGUGGGUGUCGAUCUCUGAUUGAGGGGUAGGGUUAAAUGCGGAACGCACAUUUCGUUUGAAUGCUUUCAGUUGUGCAACUAACUAGGUGUAUCCCCAUUCCCGAACUGAUGUAAAUGAUUUCUUUAUUUAAUUUUCAAUAAAUCUGCAAACAUUUCUACAAACAUGUUUUCUCUGUCAUUAUGGGGUCUUGUGUGUAGAUGGGUGAGGGAAAAAAACAAACCAUUUUUUGAAUUCAGGCUGUAACAACAAAGUGGAUUAAAUGAAGGUGUAUGAAUACUUUCUGAAGGCACUGUAGAUUGUGAUGUGUUUAGGGUAGUUAGUGAAAACGUUCUUGGUCGAUGGCCACCAUUUUGUGACUUCCCUGCUUACCGCUGUGUGUGUUUUCUGCAUUACAGACGAAUGCGAGGAGGUGGAGCAUCAAGUCCAGAAGGUCAUCCAUGAGAUGGAGACCAUCUUGGGAGAGCCUCUUCAGAGUUACUUCUAACCUGUGUCCCACUUCCCACCUCUUCACCACCAUACAAGGGCCCAGAUUGACCCGUAGCCCACUACGUCCCCCUAUCAGAAGGCUUAGCCUCAGCCCCUCUCCCCCAGCUUAGACAUUAACUGUUUCUCAGAACUGUGCAUCAACCGUGCAUCAAUCAAAACAAAGAUGGGAGACACAGGAGGUUAACCUUUGUUUGCAUGUACCGCUUAUUAUCACUGGAUACCUGGUACAUAUAGGAUGGAUCUCUAGCUGUAAAAUAAAAAAAAUGAUCAGCCAAAAAUUUAUCCUGUGGGAAUUAAAAUAUGGAUGAAUUUUGUUGUUAGGCUAUUUCUAUUGUCUUUUCACGUUUUGGGGGGUCUUAUGGAAAGCUUUUCAUGGCAACUGUUUAACUCUUAUGGUUUUGUUACAUUGUAUGAAAAUGUACAUGUGAAAUAAUACAUUUGUAAGCAAACUCUUCAUUAUAAUACAUUUGAAUAAAGGUUUUUGAAAGCUAAUCCAGUACCACUUGCUGACGAAUAUGAAGGAACCUGAAUCUGUCACGAUGAGUCAUUCCAUAUUAUGGAAUAUUCACGAUUGGGGGUAGCACCAGUCAAAUUUGAUUUGUCCCUAUUGAAAACACAUCAAUAUACAUGACUCAAAAUGAUAAUUCAUUCAACUGCUGCGCAUUUCAUAAGAUUAUUAUAUCACUUUAAGGCUGAUGUAACGUCAACAUCAAACGCUAAAUACAAGGCAGAAGAUGUGUUAUGCAAUUUUAGUGAAUUAAAGCCGCUUAUCCGUGAUGAUGCUGGGGCGGUGCCGAAACUUUUAGCUGUGUGGACCAUUAAGAGCGGCAAUAGGCUUUACCACGCUCACGCUGGUGUCGUCACACACUGGGUGAUGUGCCUUUGAUUUCAGUGAACAAUUUGAUAGUGCACGAGCUCCAGCGCCGCUCCAAACCUGUGCUCCUGUACACUGUGUCCCGACACGGGAUAAUGGUCAUUAUGAAGAGCUCGAGAGGAUUACAACUCGCCUUCAGAAUUUAUAAGCGAAGUCAUCAUCACUCAGUUGGAAUUAUUGGAGCGCCUUUUUCAAAAGGACAGGUGAGUAGGCUAUAUUAUAGGCUAGCCUACUUAUUAUAGUCUAUUGAUAGGUAUUCGAAUAGGCUCAAUAGACUACCGUUAUAUAGAAUAUAUAUGUGUUUUAAUGUAUUGCUAUAAUAGGCCGACACAGUCCCAUAAAUCUAUCUCUGCUGCAGCCGCGGGAUGGUGUGGAGAAAGGACCAGACCUCAUUCGCGCAGCCGGAUUGGUGGAGAAGCUCAAAGCGCAAGGUGACGUCCUGAUAAUGAUUUUAUACUCAUUCUGUGAAAUAGACUAGCUAGGUAGCUACAGUGCAGAAAUUAAGACAUCCGAACUGGAUAAAAUUGUGAAAAUAUAGAAUGUACAGUAAAGGGAAUCUGUUUACAUUCAAAGUAUUUUUCUGAGAGGAAUUAUGAAAUUAUCCUGUAAAUCACCAAAUUGCAAUAUUUGCAUCAGGAUGCUAUUGAUUUAAUCAAAUUAUUAUGUGAGCUCUGUGAGCUCUUAUGAUGAAGUCACCAGACUUCCAACCUUUUCUUUGACUUGCCUGGCAGAGGUGUUGAGAUGAAUAAGUUAACAUAUUGGAACCUGAUGUCAAAUGACAAUAUAAUUUCACAAGCUAAACAGCAUGAUUUAUUUUCCAUGACCAAGUUCAAUUCCUGGGCAGUUCUGAACAAACUAUAUGAAUAAGUGAUAUUACAUAGGCUAGCCUACAGAAAUAAUCAUAUUGGAAAAAAUACACUUGAACUUGAGAUCAUGACCACAGUAUAAAACAGACAGGAGUUUCCUUUAGAAAUACUGACAGUAAGACUGACCUGUCCUCUAAAGUGUUUAGUCAUGGGAAGUCUUACUGGGAAAGCAGUGCCCAUAAGAGUGACAGGGGGUUCUGUGUGAUCCAAGUGGAUUAACAUGUGAGCAGGAUCAAUCACUCUGUGUGUGGGUGUGUCCUCUUCUGCCCAUGUGUGUGAUCACGUGAGAUCAGAGACAUCCUAAGCACCCUCUCUGUUUUAUUCAUAUCACACAGGAGAAGGGAUCUGAUAGGCCUAGCUCUUCUGACCUUGCACCACUCCCCCUUCCAUGUUUGUGUGUAUGUGUUUGGGUCACGACAAUGGCAGCCGCCUGCAUACAGUAUGUAUGCCAGUGAUAGCAUUCUCACUCACUAAACCGCCAGCAACAGUUGGGGCACUCUGGGGACAAGUGCCCUGUCAAUCCUUAGCCUGACUGUGUCCUCUACAGAGAGAAUAGCAGACAGCAGCCUGGUCUCAUAGACUAAACAUAACAUAGUAAAUGUAAAUCUGGGACACUCAAAUGUAGUAUGAUAUGUUACCUUUGGUAUGGUUACAUUAGACAGAAGGUUAUUUGAGGCAAAAACUAAAGAGGGUGGUUGGAUGGGUGGGUGUAUAACGUGAAUGUAUAGCAACCCGAAGGUUGCGUGUUGGAAUCUCACCAUAACUUUAGCAUUUUAGCUAAUUAGCAACUACUUACAACUUUUUGGCUACUUUGCAAUUACUUAGCAUGUUAGCUAACCCUUCCCCUAACCCCUAACCUUAACCCUUUUAGCUAACCCUUCCCCUAACCCAGUGCUUCUCAAUUAUUUUCUGUUACGCCCCCCCUAGGAAGAAGUAAACAUUUCGCGCCCCCCAACUCUCCGCCGCGACUGUAAAUAGUAUCAUUUGUCUAUAAAGUUGUUAUAAGUACACCUCUGCAUAACAUUGUAUCCUUAUUAACAUUUAAAAAAAGAAAGAAAUAUAGAUCAACUUACAACAAAUAAUAACUUUAUUAACAUUGUUUUUUAGUCUGUAACAGAAAAUACUUAAAGUGCAUCAAUUUGCCUGAAAAAAAAAAAAUUCAAGCCUUAUUUAAACUGUAAACAUUUUUUGACCAUUUGAUACUGAAAAAUAAAAUAUAUAAUCAAUAAAUAAUAAUACAUUCAAAUUGAUCAGCAACAUGAACUCAGGAGCACAAUAUAUGAAACACUUUGACCUAUAAAACAAAAAUGAAUAAAACAAUGUGCUGAUUUAAAAAAAAAAAUCAAAAUGAGGAAGUCAGGAUUAAUGGCUACAAUGAGCACGUUUUGCAGUGCACAGCUUUUCGAAGCAGGGUUUGAAGCAUGAUACUGCAACUCUCAGCUCCUGCUCAAUGUUUAGCUGGGACCUGUACUUGGUCAUCAGUGCAGCAACAGCAGAGAAGCCAGUCUCACAAAGAUAAGAUGUUGCAAAAGGAAGAAGAAUGCCCAUGGUCCAGAAUUCACUCAGUGUCUGUGAUGUGAACCACAGUCUCAAUGUGGAGUCAGACGUCAUAUCAAUGAACUGGUCCUCCUCUGCAGAGCUGAAACCAGUUGGAGCUGGUGCAUUGAAAGGAUCUCUCACCCAGUCAUAUUGGGAACUGUUUUCAGGGAAGUACUUUUUAAAGAAUCCCAUCAGUGAUGAAAUAUGCUCCUUAAUAUAUGGAAUCACUGAGGUGGCAUCAUAGUCAGUAGUGUCAACAAAUUCAUGCAGGUUCUCGAAUGAAUCAGUAUUUCCUUCAUCAAGUCGCCUGCCCCACAUUGCAAGCUUUCGAGUGAAAGAGCUGAUCUUGUCUGUGACCUGAGGGAGGUGUUUAUCUUUCCCUUGAAGCUGUAGAUUUAGUUAAUUUAGCUUUCCAAAUAUGUCACUCAGGUAGGCCAGUUUUGCCAGGAAGUUCUCAUCACUAAAUAUUUCUGCGAGGUCAUACUUGUGCUCCUGCUCCGAAAACAUUCUUAUCUGCUCUCUGAGCUCAAAAACUCGGGACAAUACUUUUCCUCGUGACAGCCACCUUGCUUCACUGUGAAACAGCACAGCUUGAUGUUCAGCUCCCAUCUCCUCACAGAUAGCAGAGAAGACUCUUGUUUUUAGUGGUCUGGUGAUUGGGGUGUAAUGUCUUUAAGUGACGCCUUAAUUUAUUUGGCUUCAUGCUGUCCGCUGCCAACAUUUUUAGACACAGUAAACAUACCAGUCUUUCCUCGUCUCCCACCGUAGUCACAGUGAAGCCAAGCGCUACAUACGCUUCGUCAUAUUUCCUCGUCUUAGCUUUCGGGAGACUUACGUUUGUCUCAUUAUCUCCGUCUCUCUCCGCCAUUCUUUUCAUCCCUGUUAAAUAUUUUUCCAUGGUGUCUCUUAAGGGUUUGUUACCUGCACUCCAUAUCUCCUGCUCUGUGCUGUGUGCUCUUGUUCGGUGCAAAAAAAACCUACUCCCUGCGGCAAAAAAAAGCAUGUUCCCCGGGGUCACACGCGCCCCCCCUGGCAUCGCUCCGAGCCCCCCCAGGGGGGCGCGCCCCACUAUUUGAGAAGGACUGCCCUAACCUUAACUGUUUAACCUAACUCCUAAACUUAACCCUUAACCCUAACCCCUAGCCUUAACACCUAGCCUAGCUAACGUUAGCAAGCUAGCUAACGUUGGCAUUAGCCACCUAGCUAACAUUAGCCACAACAAAUUAGAAUUCGUAACAUAUCAUAUGUUUAGCAAAUUCGUAACAUAUUGUAAGUUUAGCAAAUUCUAACAUAUUAUACGUUUUGCAAAUUAGUAACAUAUCUUAUGAAAUGGAUGAUGGACAUCACAAAUUAAAACAUACCAUACGAAACGAAACAUAUGAUACUAUAUGGAGCUCUAUUAUUUACGUACUGAAUAAUACAAAAUGCUCUGAGACCAGGUUGCAGACAGAGACGCUUCAAUCACUAACAUAGUAACAGACAUAGUAAAAUAAGUAUUUCAUAAGUCAUUUAUUUCAACUAGGAGAGAGCUCAUUUGCAUCAGAUUGUGAAAUGUUUAUUUUGCAUAUUUGUUUAUUAAUUAAGGGGAUGUAACAUUUAUCAUUUUGGUAAAAUGGAGGGGAUUUAACAUUUAGCAUAUUGGCAAAAAGUAUGAGUUUUAACAUGACCAAAUGGCAGUAAGAUCAGAGGCAAGGACUAGUUUAUAACAUGUACAGGGGUGGUACAUUAUAAACAUUGUGGUAAUCCAUUGACAUCUUAUUGCAUCGGAGCCAUGAGUGUACAGCGUUUCUUUUCUUUCUAAGUGAUCCAUUGACAGCUCCUGCCUUGAUUUUUUUUAAACAUGAGAUUACUGUAGGUGCAUUGGCUAAUGCAUUUUCUUAUGUAACUUGUGUUGCCCAAUCUCAUCCUCCACAGGCUGUGCGGUCAAAGACUAUGGCAACGUGACGUUUGAGGAGGUGGCCAACGAUGAGCCAAUAGGCAAUGUGAAGAGACCCAGAGCGGUGGGCAGCGCCAACCAACGUCUGUCUACUGCCGUCCACGCAGUGAAGAAUGAUGGACACACUUGUGUGAUGCUGGGAGGAGACCACAGGUGUGUGUGUCUCAUAUUUACCCAUAGUAGAGCAAGAGCCCAGUGUCAACAACCAGCCAAAAUACACCUAAAAGAAUCGAGGGUCAGGGGUUUUUCCUAACAAUGUGAUGUGGAAUUCACUCCCAAGUUUGGUCUGUGUCCAGUUUGGCAAUAGGCUCGAUCCUGGGGCAUGCGGCAGCUAAGAAGGACCUCAGUGUGGUAUGGGUGGAUGCCCAUGCAGACAUCAACACACCACUGACCUCCCCUACAGGCAAUAUCCACGGACAGCCCAUGUCCUACCUCAUCCAUGAGCUGCAAUCCAAGGUGAUUUCUCUAUCUCUCUCUCCCUCUUUUCCCACAGGCAUCCCCUAGUUUUUAUAUUUCAAAUACUGUAUCAUUAAACAUUUGUCUAUUGUUUGCCCUGAAACAGAGUUUGACCAGUAAAUGUUAGAUCAGUCAUACCUUGGUAUUUGCAAUACCAGUAUUUACACAGUUGUGCAAUGUCUGUUUGUUUUGAGGAUUUAUCGUAAUACUCUUCCUCUUCCUGUGCACGUCCUUGGUCAUCAUGAAUUUCUAGCAAUUGAUUAUGAAAUGAAAACAUUUGAAAGAGAAUAGUCAUGUCAAUUGUGUUUAUGUUUUUGGUGGUGACAGUGUUAUACAUGGGUAUGAGCUACAGUUCUAGAUGCAGACUUGUCUCUGUUUCUUUGAUUAGAUUCCAGUUCUGCCAAAUUUCUCCUGGAUAAAGCCAUGUGUAUCAGCCAAAGAUAUAGUCUACAUUGGCUUGAGAGACGUGGAUCCAGAGGAGCAGUAUGUGUUUUUGCCUGUCAUUCUGAAUCAUACAUUAUCAUAUUAUAACCUUGUACUACAUAAUUGUUUACAGAAGAAUAAAAAAAGAUAUCUCCCAUUCCAGCCAUAUCCUGAAGUUACUGGGUAUCAAGGUUUACUCCAUGACUGAGGUGGAUCGCCUCGGAAUAGCCAAAGUGAUGGAAGAGACAUGUGACUACAUCUUCUCAAAGUAUGUAGCCUCAACAAUUUCAUUGUGUUGUUUUCAUUUCUUGCUAUUCAUGGUAGGCUACAUCUGACUUUACAUUUGCAUCAUUUCGCAGACGCUCUUAUCCAGAGCGACUUACAAAUUGGUGCAUUCAACUUAUGAUAGCCAGUGGGACAACCACUUUUUGUAUUUUUUAUUUUAUUUUAUGGGGGGGUGGGGGAGGGGGGGGGGAAGAAGGAUUACUUUAUACUAUUCCAGGUAUUCCUUAAAGAGGUAGGGUUUCAAGUGUCUCCGGAAGGUGGUCAGUGACUUCGCUGUCCUGGCGUCGUGGGGGAGCUUGUUCCACCAUUGGGGUGCCAGAGCAGCGAAUAGCUUUGACUGGGCUGAGCGGGAAACUGUGCUUCCGUAGAGGUAGAGGAGCUAGCAGGCCAGAGGUGGAUGAACGUAGUGCCCUCGUUUGGGUGUAGGGUCUGAUCAGAGCCUGAAGGUGAACUUUGAUACAUCAAUGGAAAUAUUGGGCAUUGACGUGUGUUUUAGAGGGAAAAACAUACAUUAAUUUCUCUGAUUUAACAGGGUGAAGAAGCCCAUCCACCUGAGCUAUGACAUUGAUGCCCUGGACCCAUCAAUCUCCCCGGCCACAGGAACCCCAGUAGUGGGAGGACUGACCUACAGAGAGGGAAUCUACAUCACAGAGCACAUCUGUCAGACAGGUGAGAGAUCACAGACGCAUAUACAGUGAGGGAAAAAAGUAUUUGAUCCCCUGCUGAUUUUGUACGUUUGCCCACUGACAAAGAAUCAGUCUAUCAUUUUAAUGGUAGUUUUAUUUGAACAGUGAGAGACAGAAUAACAACAAAAUCCAGAAAAACGCAUGCCAAAAAUGUUAUAAAUUGAUUUGCAUUUUAAUUAGGGAAAUAAGUAUUUGACCCCCUCUCAAUCAGAAAGAUUUCUGGCUCCCAGGUGUCUUUUAUACAGGUAAUGAGCUGAGAUUAGGAGCACACUCUUAAAGGGAGUGCUCCUAAUCUCUGUUUGUUACCUGUAUAAAAGACACCUGUCCACAGAAGCAAUCAAUCAAUCAGAUUCCAAACUCUCCACCAUGGCCAAGACCAAAGAGCUCUCCAAGGAUGUCAGGGACAAGAUUGUAGACCUACACAAGGCUGGAAUGGGCUACAAGACCAUCGCCAAGCAGCUUGGUGAGAAGGUGACAACAGUUGGUGCGAUUAUUCGCAAAUGGAAGAAACACAAAAGACCUGUCAAUCUCCCUGGGGCUCCAUGCAAGAUCUCACCUCGUGGAGUUGCAAUGAUCAUGAGAACGGUGAGGAAUCAGCCCAGAACUACACGGGAGGAUCUUGUCAAUGAUCUCAAGGCAGCUGGGACCAUAGUCACCAAGAAAACAAUUGGUAACACAUAUAUAGGGCCGUCUGAAGUUUGCCAAUGAACAUCUGAAUGAUUCAGAGGAGAACUGGGUGAAAGUGUUGUGGUCAGAUGAGACCAAAAUGGAGCUCUUUGGCAUCAACUCAACUCGCCGUGUUUGGAGGAGGAGGAAUGCUGCCUGGAAACAUUAUGCUUUGGGGGUGUUUUUCUGCUAAGGGGACAGGACAACUUCACCGCAUCAAAUGGACGAUGGACGGGGCCAUGUACCGUCAAAUCUUUUGUGAGAACCUCCUUCCCUCAGUCAGGGUAUUGAAAAUGGGUCGUGGAUGGGUAUUCUAGCAUGACAAUGACCCAAAACACACGGCCAAGGCAACAAAGGAGUGGUCAAGAAGAAGCACAUUAAGGUCCUGGAGUGGCCUAACCAGUCUCCAGACCUUAAUCCCAUAGAAAAUCUGUGGAGGGAGCUGAAGGUUCGAGUUGCCAAACGUCAGCCUCGAAACCUUAAUGACUUGGAGAAAAUCUGCAAAGAGGAGUGGGACAAAAUCCCUCCUGAGAUGUAUGCAAACCUGGUGGCCAACUACAAGAAACGUCUGACCUCUGUGAUUGCCAACAAGGGUUUUGCCACCAAGUACUAAGUCAUGUUUUGCAGAGGGGUCAAAUACUUAUUUCCCUCAUUAAAAUGCAAAUCAAUUUAUAACAUUUUUGACAUGCGUUUUUCUGGAUUUUGUUGUUGUUAUUCUGUCUCUCACUGUUCAAAUAACCUACCAUUAAAAUUAUAGACUGAUCAUGUCUUUGUCAGUGGGCAAACGUACAAAAUCAGCAGGGGAUCAAAUACUUUUUCCCCCUCACUGUAGACAGAGAUGAUAACACACACACACAGAGAGAGAGAGGGAGUGCAUCUGAAUUGAUGCUGCUCCAAUGUACUGUUUAGUCUGUGUGUGUGUGUGGUCAGUCAAGUGUGUGUUGAGCAGCUAUGCGUUUUCUUUGUGCAGGGCUGCUGUCUGCAGUGGACAUGGUGGAGGUGAACCCUAAGAGGGGCAGGACAGAUGGUGAGAUCAGCUCCACGGUCAACGCUGCAGUAGAUCUGAUACGUGGCUGCUUCGGAAAGCUUCGGGAGGGAAACCACCCUGCGGACUACAAGAUGCCCCUGCCUUGA